CUUGGAUGGACUGGACGAGUGUGGGACUCAGGAGGAACUCACGUCCUUAAUGAAGCUAGUACUUAUCCUUGAUGAGCUGCCUGCCGCGUUUGCCGUGUUGGUCAGCUGUCGGCCAGAAUCAUCUGUUGUGUCGGCCUGGGUUAGAGCUCGAGCUCAGGGUCUUGUGAUACCCUGUGAAGAUGUGGACAUUGUUGCUGAGGAAGAGAAGUUCCACACUAUCCACCGCAUGGUGGAGGAAGGCCUUCGGGAUUGCAUCGAUGACUCUUCCUGGAAACCAUCAAUAGAAGAAGUUGAUGCGUUUGUCUCAGCGUGUCGUGGAUUGCCGAUUAUCGCCUCAAUCCGAGUCCGGGAUGUCUGCCUUCAAACUCAUCGUGGUGCAACCCUUCAAUCCGAGUUUGAAUACUUUCGUGAUCUGAUCGAUGCCCCCGUUGACGUCAAUUUGGAGUACCUACGUGUACUUCGCCGUGCCUAUAUGGUUGGCUCAUCUGGAGUCCGUAAACAUAUAGCUGAGAAGUAUCGCCAAGUGGUUGCCACGAUCAACGCGGCAUUCGAGCCACUCAGUGUGUUUUUUAUAUCGCAGCUGUCAGGAAUUACCGAGGGAGAGGUUCUAGCCAUAUUGGAACCGAUUCGCUCAAUUGUCGAUCUUUCUUCAAAAAGUGACCUGGAACGUUUUUCAGAAAAUCCUCCAGAAAGUCCCUCAGGGGAAAUGCAAGGUGUCAAAUUCUAUCAUGCAACGAUGAAAGAGUUUAUAACGGGAGAUUGGAUUAGUAGUGAGAAUGACCAAGUAUUUUUUAUCCGGGAUGCAAACAAGUAUUUCAUCGGACUACCACUCCUCCGAUUUUUCAAUAAUAGUUGUGAGUGGGAUGUGUUUGGGGAUCCCACCAGCUCCCCUUUAAGACAUGAACGGAGCCGGGUUGUUCGGGAGGACAAGAAACAUCAUCGGCCCCAUCAUCUCCGAUAUGCUCGUCAAUACUUAUUAGAACACUUAGAUCCCUCACAACUCUUUGCACAAGGGUCCAAUUUGCAGAACGAGUUUAAUACAUUCCUCACGCGACACUUGGUUACAUUUAUGCACCUAGCACCAAUCAAUGAACAUCGCCAAGUAUUUCCUGAUGGAUUUGAUGAAUUCAAGCAUUGCGAUUCAUUCAAACUUUUGAGAGAAGCUCGAGAAAAGCAAUUUGUGGAGUAUCUGGAUGUGGUUUCCUUGUCACCAUGGCAUCUCCAUCGAUCAACCCUUCCUUUCACCCCAUCCUCAUCACCUUUGUACAAACUGUACGGCCACCUCACUGAUCCUGUCCGGAUCUUCACCAUUUCCGGCGAGUUUUCCGGGCACAGAAUCCCAUUGAGUGAGGAUUUACUCGAUGCUCGAAUGGUCAUGGAGGCGAAGCUACCUGAUUCAGAGAAGGUUGAUAGAUGGGGAAGUUCCCCGAAGAUCAAUUAUGAAGUCCAAUUCAACGAUCCUGAUAUUCGUAACGGUAUUGUGACAUGUGCAGCACUCUCCCUCAAUGGUCAUCAUAUAGCUCUCGGUAUUGGCAGUGGCAUCAUUGAGCUUGCUGAUAUUGACCAUCAGUGCACAAUUUCCCAAUUUCAGCUUGAUCGACCCAACCACCCGGUCUGGGUUGAAUUUGUCCAUGGCAGCCACCGAGUUGCUGCCGAAGACAAUGAGGGGAACGUCACCAUCCUUAGCCACAAUAUGGCCUCUGUUAAUCUUGGUACUCUUCCCAACAAUCAGCUUCCUGCUGUAACUCGAGUAUCAGAUAAUGGAUUGUUUAUCAUACGAGUCCCAUGGAACACUGAUAACUCAUGGUACGACAACAUGACUCUCAUAUCCAUUCUGGACAACCCGCACAUGCAGCUCCUCGCUUCCCCUCCUUCCCAAGCAGAUGAUUCUCCUCGCCUUAACACGGUUGCUAUUCCUCACCGUCGCACGCUCGGGUUUUCUCCAGGAGCACGUUACAUCGGAGCUUUUGAUGGUCUCAACGCUUUCACCUGGUCGACAGACUCGGGCGAGCUCAUUGCGCAUUAUCGUGUGACAGAUUUCAAAUAUUGGAUUAUGAAUCCUGCUGUUUCCCCUGCCUGCUCUUAUCGCCUCCCUGAUCCUGUAUCCACUCGACCUACCCUUUCCUUGGCAAAAACUGGCACAGCAGAUAUACAUCAUUCCGAACCAGAUGCGGGGCAUAACUUGGACGAGUCCUGGAUUAAGUGUCCAUUUUAUCUUCUCUCGCAAACCAAGAAGGAGGAGGAGGAGGGGAUGUUGCAUAAGUCUGAUAUCCGUUCAUCUGCUGCAGGAAGAACCCCAUUGUUUGGAAGCGGUGAACAACGUGCGGGGCUACCAGUGUUCUUCAAUGGAAAAUUGGAACUUGUUAUUCCCGAGGAGUACCGACCAGUUGUUUCUUCUAGUGCCAACGGCCUAGGCGCUUGGUAUGGCGAUCAAGUGCCAUUUGAUCCUACCCAUCUGUACAGCCCUCGGUCCAGCAAAGAUGGGACUCGAAUCCUUCUCCAAGGCUGGCAGACAGCUCCAAUUGUUGUUGAUCUUAGCCAAGUCAUUUAGGAUGUUCGUGGUCAAAUUGCAAUGUCUUCCUAUUUACCUUGCACGUUCUAUCCCCCGUCAGAGGGGGGAUCGCGAAGUUCGCUGGGUCGCCUUCCAUUCUUCUUGACUUCCCUCGGACGAGGUCCCCUUUCCCAGGGUGCAGAUAAAGCUCGGAGAUUUCAACAGAUAUAUGGCCAUUCCUCCCUUGCAGCCCCGGGUCAGACAGAAUGAAUGCUCAGUGUUUCAACCAGAGACUUUUUCAUUUUGCCCUUUCCAUAGUCCCUUGAUUCGCUUUCUGUUAUCACUUUGAACAUACUAGAAAAUCAAUAUUUCUUUUGCCAGUUCCAUCAUUUCACCCGGUAUUUGUCCUCAGCAACGCUGUCCCGACUUAGCCUUAGCCGAUGAACUUAGGAGGCUCGAAGAGUAC